AUGAGCGAGAAGACAGCUAUGAUGUCCGUCCUAUGGGCGUGUGUCUCAUCAUGGUAUUACGGCUAUCAUCUCUCCGAGCUCAAUUUCCCCGUCAACUCCCUGACAUGCAUCACACCCGCUUAUCCUCCUCCAUCCCGUUUGCCAUUAUGUCUCGACCUCGACUCGAACUUAUACAGCAUCGUGACAGCCAUAUUCACCGUCGGGGGCUUGGUGGGUAGUCUAAUGAGCUCAUGGGUAGUAGAGAGGGAAGGUAUAAAAGGAGGCAUAGCUUGGACGGGAUAUCUGAACUUGGUAGGGGUAUUGGGUAUGGGUAUAGCACCUCAUUGGUCGCUACUCGCUUUGGGCAGAUUGAUAGUCGGGAUAUCAUCCGGAAUAGCAAUCUGUCUAGUCCCACCUUACUUAUCGAUGGUAGCCAAAUCAUCACCUGAAUUAGCAUCUAAAUCAGGUCAGAUCGGAACGAUGAACCAGUUGGCCAUAGUUUUAGGAAUAUGUUCGGCUCAAAUUGCUGGCCUUCUCUUAACGGGAGAGAAAGGAGAUAUACCUGGAAGUUGGAGAUACGUAGUAUCCAUAUCCGGCGUGAUAGCUGCUAUACAAAUCCUCACGGCUGGAUAUAUUGUCGCACCAGAUGAAGAUCAAAAACCGUCUUGUGAUGCUCCUACACCGAUCUUCGACGAGAGAGACGCAGAUGUGGAGGAACGCGAGGUCCCGAGGGAAAGAGAAGCAGGAGCUGAUGAAGCUUCCCCGCUUUUGUCCACCUCGACUCCUUCCAAACCCACUGAACAGCUCACUCUGCAUUCUAUACUUGGGAAUCCCUCUCUGAGAGGCCCAGCGAUACUCGUAGCGGCAUUUAUGGCGAUCCAACAAUUAUCAGGAGUCAACGCAGUGAUGUUCUAUUCUACACCUGUAUUGAGACCUUUGUUACCUACCUCGGCUGGGGUAGUCGGCGUAGGUAUAACGGUAGUAAAUGCUAUAAUGACCUUACCGGCGAUCUUCUUGAUGGAUCGACUAGGUAGAAAAACAUUGCUUCUUGCGUCCAUCGCGGGAAUGGGAAUCACCAGUACACUCUUAGCGAUAGGACUGAACGGUGGACAUCAGACUUUGUCAGCUUUCUCAAUCGUAACUUUCAUAGCGUCCUUCUCGAUCGGUCUAGGUCCUGUACCAUUUCUGUUGGUUUCGGAACUGGUUCCUCCUCCUGCCAUACCAGCCGUAUCAAGUCUUUCUUUAUCUGUAAAUUGGAUAACCAACUUCCUCAUUGCCAUCUUGUUCUUACCCCUCCGCGAUAUCUUAUCGACCCCUAUCGACCCUAGGGAUCCCCAGAGCGAUAGGAGAGGUGAAGGAAGGGUUUUCUAUGUAUUUACGGGGAUAUUGGUAGUAGGUGGAUUGUUAGUUUGGAGAGGACUCAGACCUGGUAAAUAA